AUGAGCGCAAAGCCAUCGGAACCGGCUUCUCCAAAGGCCGCCAACAUCAAGUCCCCAGUUCCUGGCACACCUCUGUUCGGUUGCGAACAUGUCCAGAUCCUCCUCUCAAAUAGCCCAGAUGUUAUGGCCAGCUCUAUCCAGUACUACAAGAUGCUAUUGCGGGUGAUUUACGACAACACAGCUGUCGUGCCUCAGACAUCCAAGAUACCAGAGGGCAUAAUCUCCACGUCGCUGACUUCCAAUUAUCUUUGCUUGCAGUGCUCUGCCAUUGUACCAGAAGAGGAGCGUACGAAACAUGCUACUAAGAAGGGUCAUCGCUUCUACGUCGAUUCUCGGACUGGAUCUUUCUACUGCCAUCUAUGCGAGGACUUUGUUUGGGACCCUACCCUCGAGGAACUCAGAGUGAAGAAGAUAGGAACUGGCACUUUCACGGGCCGCAAGCGAAAACAUGAGGAGCUCUUCUCAGACCCAGUCAAGGAUGACCCUCGUUAUAUAUCCAAUAAUACAACAGUGGCGUCCUGCAAGGCCGAUGGCCUCCGUGGCAUCUACAACGCAGGUGCAACCUGCUAUCAGAACGUCGUUCUUCAGAGCUUCCUGCACAACCCUCUCCUCAGAAACUUCUAUCUCAGUGAUGGACAUACUGAAGGUGAUUGUGAGAUCUCCCAUUGCUUGAGUUGCUCCAUGGAUGCCAUGUUCCAGGAGUUCUACGCAAUGGAAAACACGAACGGCUACACUGCCGCCAACAUUUUAUCUGGCUUCUGGAUAAGUGAAAAGAAGGCCUUCGAGAACCUUGUCACCACGAAAGAACAGGACGCCCACGAGUUCUUCCAAUUUCUUGCCGAGGAGUUGCACGAGCGCAAUGGGGACGGCAAGAAGCCGGAGAUGGGCAGUGAGCAUAGCUGCAACUGUAUUAUUCAUCAGACGUUCUAUGGAAAGCUCCAGAGACAGACUACGUGCCAGUCAUGUGGUGGUGUGACGGAUGCAGUGGAAUCAUUCAUGGAUCUGAGCUUAGGCCUCGAUACACUGGCCCAGAAGCGCGGCAAGAAAGCUAAGAAUGCGCCUGUCAGUCUGACACUACAGGAGUGUCUAGACGAGGAAUACAUCAAGUCAGACAAGUGCGAGUAUCGCUGUAGGAACUGCGAUUCGAUGCAGCAAGCUCGGCGUGAUAACAGCAUCAAGCUUCUGCCGAAUACACUGUCAAUACAGCUCAAGCGGUUUGAGUACAAACAAGGAGCCAGAGAUGUGAAGGCUUCUAAAAUCGAAACGCCUGUCCAGUUUCCACUGACACUAAACAUGACACCCUAUACAUCACGCGGCAGAACCGCAAGCGGGCAGGAGAGCCAGGAGCUGGCCCGUUCCUGCACCUACGACCUGCUCUGUGUCGUGGUGCACGUAGGAGAAAUUGAUACUGGCCACUACGUGUCCUAUUGCCGAGUGGGUGAUCAGUGGUUCGCGUUCAACGACCACCGUGUCGAGUUGGCAUCGAAAUCAGAGGUGCUGAAUGCCAAGGCCUACUUGCUGUUCUACAUGAUUCGCUCGCUGUCAUGA